AUGAGGAUCCAUUAUCUGCUAAUUGCAUUGCUCCUCUUGUUCUUGAUGCCUAUUUCAGGUCAUGGAGGGUUCAUAAGUGCUUUACAAAAAGUACAUUGCAAGAUAAGGAAAGGCCGGUGUGCUUUGAGAAGCUGCCUUGCAAAGGAGGAACAGAUAGGCAACUGUUCAAGGAAUCGAAAAUGUUGUAGGAAAAAAUAA